AUAUCAAUUGAAUUGGAAGAUGAAGAAGUGUACACAAGGUUGGAAAAUGAGAACAUGAAGCUAAAGGAUCGAUUAGCAAUUUGGAGUAAGGUUAUUGUUGCAGAAGAAAACGCUGCAACCAUUGCAGUUGUUGCAAAAUAUGUGCCAGCAGUAGUGCCCACCGCCGUCGGUGCAAUGAGGGCUGAGCAAACGCCAUCUCCUGGGCAUUCCCACAGCUUGCCGACACCAGCUAUUAUAUCACAUGUGAAUGCAACUUCAGCUAAAUUUGAUUAUUAUCAGUGCAAUAGUAUCUUGUCUUGGGCAAAAGCACUAUAGACUGCUGGCACAAAUAAAUCGCCCAGAGAUAUAGCCAACGAAAUAAAUAAACAUGAUAUACAAUCGCCACCUGUGGUUAUGUUAAUGCAAAAAUUUAUAACAAUUUUUUUAUA